CUGGCAUCCUCCGCGGCCCGCGCCGCUGCCCGCCUCUGCUGCCCCGCAAACCCGAGCAUCCUCUGCUUUACCUCCAGGCAUCCUCCGGCCGUCCGGGCGGCCUCGCUCCUUCUACCGCCUCACGGCUGCAACCUGACCCCCCAGAACUUGCCUCCCAGGGUCGGAGUCCCCUGAGGGGGAACCUGGGGCGGUGGUCAGGGCACCAGCCCGGAUGCAAGAGCCUCGGGUCCCAACCUCGGUGCUAUCCCUGGUUCGCUGUGUGACCUUGGGCAAGCCCCUUCUCGUCUCUGGCCUCAGCCUAGGGCUGUGACGGUGGAAAGGUGCAACAACGAACAGCAAAAUAAAGCAACAGAUGAUCAAGGACCUUAGCAUUGUGAGCCAUUUUGCAUUCAUAGCCCUCAAGACAGUCUUUUCAAAGUUCACCAUGUCCAAGUUCAAAAGCUCAGAGUCAGUCCGGGUGGUGGUUCGCUGCCGGCCCAUGAAUGGCAAGGAAAAAGCUGCUUCCUAUGACAAGGUGGUAGACGUGGAUGUGAAGCUGGGGCAGGUGUCUGUGAAGAAUCCCAAAGGUACAGCCCAUGAAAUGCCCAAGACCUUCACCUUUGAUGCGGUCUAUGACUGGAAUGCCAAGCAGUUUGAACUCUAUGAUGAAACAUUCCGACCGCUUGUGGACUCUGUCCUCCAGGGUUUCAAUGGAACAAUUUUUGCCUAUGGACAAACCGGGACUGGGAAAACCUACACGAUGGAAGGUGUCCGUGGUGACCCUGAAAAAAGAGGAGUCAUCCCCAACUCAUUCGAUCACAUUUUCACCCACAUCUCUCGGUCACAGAAUCAACAGUACCUGGUCAGGGCUUCCUACUUAGAGAUCUACCAGGAGGAGAUCCGGGACCUGCUCUCAAAGGAUCAGGCCAAAAGGCUUGAGCUCAAAGAGAGGCCAGACACCGGGGUGUAUGUGAAAGACCUGUCUUCCUUUGUCACCAAGAGUGUGAAGGAGAUUGAGCACGUUAUGAACGUUGGGAACCAGAACCGAUCAGUUGGUGCCACCAACAUGAACGAGCACAGCUCGCGUUCUCAUGCCAUCUUUGUCAUCACGAUCGAGUGCAGCGAGGUCGGCCUCGAUGGGGAAAACCACAUUCGUGUUGGGAAGUUGAACCUUGUAGAUCUUGCUGGCAGUGAACGGCAAGCCAAGACUGGUGCACAAGGGGAGAGGCUGAAGGAAGCAACCAAGAUCAACCUGUCCCUGUCAGCCUUGGGUAAUGUCAUCUCUGCCCUGGUAGAUGGCAAAAGCACGCAUAUUCCAUAUCGAGACUCAAAGCUUACUAGGCUCCUCCAAGAUUCCCUUGGUGGCAAUGCCAAGACUGUGAUGGUGGCCAAUGUGGGACCUGCGUCUUACAAUGUAGAAGAGACCCUGACCACUCUGAGAUAUGCCAACCGUGCCAAAAAUAUUAAAAAUAAGCCAAGGGUCAAUGAAGACCCAAAGGAUGCCCUCCUUCGAGAAUUCCAGGAAGAAAUUGCUCGGCUCAAGGCCCAGCUGGAAAAACGGUCCAUUGGCAGGAGGAAGAGGAGAGAGAAGCGGAGGGAAGGUGGUGGCAGUGGUGGGGGUGGGGAAGAGGAGGAGGAGGAGGGAGAAGAGGGUGAGGAGGAAGGGGAUGAUAAAGAUGAUUACUGGCGGGAACAGCAAGAAAAACUGGAGAUCGAGAAGCGGGCCAUCGUAGAGGACCACAGCUUGGUUGCAGAAGAGAAGAUGAGGCUGCUGAAAGAAAAGGAGAAAAAGAUGGAGGACUUGAGGCGGGAAAAGGAUGCUGCCGAGAUGCUGGGCGCCAAAAUCAAGGCCAUGGAGAGCAAGCUGCUUGUUGGAGGAAAAAAUAUAGUAGACCAUACAAACGAACAGCAGAAAAUUUUGGAGCAGAAACGGCAGGAAAUUGCAGAGCAGAAACGUCGAGAAAGAGAAAUCCAGCAACAGAUGGAAAGUCGAGAUGAAGAGACCUUGGAACUUAAAGAGACAUAUAGCUCAUUGCAGCAAGAGGUGGACAUCAAGACCAAAAAACUCAAAAAGCUCUUCUCCAAGCUUCAGGCGGUGAAGGCUGAGAUUCAUGACCUCCAAGAAGAGCACAUCAAGGAGCGCCAAGAGCUGGAGCAGACACAGAACGAGCUCACCCGGGAGCUGAAGCUCAAGCAUCUUAUUAUAGAAAAUUUUAUCCCUCUGGAAGAGAAGAAUAAGAUCAUGAACAGAUCAUACUUUGAUGAAGAGGAAGAUCAUUGGAAAUUACACCCGAUAACCAGACUGGAGAAUCAGCAGAUGAUGAAACGGCCCAUCUCCGCUGUGGGGUACAAGAGACCACUGAGCCAGCACGCAAGAAUGUCCAUGAUGAUUCGGCCAGAGGCACGGUACAGGGCAGAGAACAUUGUGCUCUUAGAGCUGGACAUGCCCAGCCGGACCACCAGAGACUAUGAAGGCCCAGCCAUUGCCCCCAAAGUUCAGGCUGCACUAGAUGCAGCUCUGCAGGAUGAAGAUGAGAUACAGGUGGAUGCAUCAUCCUUUGAAAGCACUGCAAAUAAGAAAUCCAAGGCCAGGCCUAAGAGUGGCAGGAAGUCGGGGUCUUCGUCCUCCUCCUCAGGAACCCCUGCAUCUCAGCUUUAUCCACAGUCUCGGGGGCUGGUUCCCAAGUAACACCAGCGCCCCUCUCCCAGGGCGUGAACAGCAUUUCCUUUUGAGAAGAGAUGAGCACAAAGCUGCAGAGAGGACUUGGGCCCAAACCUAGAACUGUUCCCCUGAGGAGGAUCGAUUGCCUCUUUGCAGAUUAGCCAACUUAAUCUAGUCGAAGGUGCUGGUUCGAAUCUGGCACUCAGAUACUCUGGGAAACAUCCUUUAAUUAGCAUCUCAGAAGUGCAUGGGUAAGGUAAAGCGCAAAGUCCAAGUGAACAGCAAGAGAAUGAUGACGUCCUUGCUUCCUUUCUCUCUUGCCUCCCCCUCCCCCAUCCACCCUUCCUUUUUCCUUUCCUUUUCUAGCCUGUUCUUCACAUUGGGUUCCCUUCUUACUGAACAAUAGGGCAGAGUCAGGGGUCCCCAUAGCAGGACUAUGUCUGCGGAACCUCAAGAUAAAAUGACAGUGAGGUUGAAAAGUGAAAACCCGAGAACUUGAAUAGGUGCCUGUUCUUGUAGGGAAAAACAAGAGAUCUCAUUUGGAUCCAAGCCCCAGGGAUCAGGAUCAGCAGUGUCGCUCCCAUGUGCCUCAGUAAGAAAUGGAUCUGCCUUUGGGAUCUGCUGAAUGAGGAAAUCUCUCCCAGUUCCUGCCCUGAAGGUUCAGUGUCAGGAGCAGUAGAAAUCACAUUCCCUUUGCCUCCUUGGAGGUCUGAGGGAACAGCUUCUUUAAAAACCUCAAAUCCAUGACUAUCCUGUCAAAGACCUAAGUCUGUAAGCCGGUGCCAUGUCCAUCCACCACUUUACUCUUCCUUUGUCACAUCUUUCCGCGUGCACGCAUACUCUGAGUAUCCUUGCGUAGGCCUGGUCUCUACCUCCAGAGAAUGCUCUGCAGUGGGCCUGUUUUGUGGGAGAAGGGAGGCUGGCUCUGCCUUCUCUGAUGGAACAAGAGUUGGGAGAAGGCAACAUAUAGUGGCACUUUUGGGUUCUCCAUUGGCAGAGAGAGCAGACGUAGAGAUGGAGGCAUGAGACUCGGAGCAGGGGAAGGACAUACAAAUGGAAAGGAAGGAAUGCUGCCCUUAGCAGAGGACUCGCUGAAUCCUAGAGCUGUCACUUCCACCACGUGGAGCCUCAAGAUGGCAAAGGGAGACUUUGUGGCUGAAUAGGCUCAGAGAAGAAGGUUCACAAUUCCCAUUUACAUAGACUUGUUUGGUUUGUAAGUUUUAGUUCUUUGUAUUAUUGAGAUUCAAAUCUUUAUUAUGUUGGUCAUUAGGUGAAAGUUAACUCAUUUUCCCCUCAAGAGAAGCUCGUAAAUGUGUGUGGGUGAGCAUGCACGGUGGUGCCUGUGUCCUGAGUAUGUCCAUGUGUGUCUGGAAGAGAGACAAAGACCAAGAACUUGCCCAAUUUUAGAAAUACACUACCGUGCAGAUGUUGCCUUUUUAUGUAUUAAAGGCUCAUUGACUGACUAACCCAGGCUGGAAGUGCUCCCAUGUGGGUGUCUGAGUCCAUGAGCCAAGCCUGAGGGGACAAUCUGAGUUCCCAAGUCUGUCACGCUGGUACACCUUGCUGGCAUGGUGCCUCAGGAAGGUGGCGACUCAGAUGGGCCUUAAAUUAUAUUUUAACUCAGCUGCUCAGUCCCCAAGGCAUAUUUCUGGAUCAGAACCCAUGGGAAAGAGAAAGUAACCAAGUGCAAUGUCUUAGUGUUCUGCAAAAUGGAGACCUGUGUCCACAGCUCAUCUUUUCUCUGGUAACCAUUCUUCAGACCCAGGCCCUGUCAGAGUUCCCAGGGCGUAAUGGAGCCUUCUUGCAUCUUCUCUGGAUCAAACCCUGCUUCUUCCUUAUAUACAAAGAAUUUGCCUGCUUGAAUAGGAAGCAAUAAUGAGGUGUUUGGCCUAAGAUGGUUAUCUGCUGGUGACACAUAAUCCUUACACCACAUGUCCUCACAGCUAGUCUGAAUUCUGUAGGCUGAAAGCAUCCAUGUAGCAAACCUGAGAAUUGAAAAUUGCAUAUUAUACUAAACCUUAAUUCUGAUGUCUCGAGGUGGCUGUUGUGACCAAGGGUGGUUAAGUGACACAUAGAACCUUCCCAAGAAGGCACAAGAAAGCCUGGUUGACAGGUGAGGUUAAAACAAGCUUGCCUUAGCUGUGUUCAGAUGGUGGCCUGUGGAAGCUAAAACAACAUCCAUGUGGAAAUGAAGCUGCCCACCCCAAGCAGUCUCUGGUGCUUUUCUUCUCUCAAAAUGGAUCCGAUAAAUAUUUGAAGGGAGCAGAUGGUGAAAUGGCUUGCUGCUACCAGAACAUUGCUGCUAGGGGUUCUGAAUUGAAUCACAUGUGUAGAGGACAUAGCAAGCCCACUCUAUUGUCAAGCUAGAAUGUUCUGGAACAGCAGAGGGCCUCAUGCCAGCAGCAGCCAGUGAAGUCUGAAAGAAGCCUUUACAGGCUCUAGGAAGACCAUCUGGGAGAAGGAGUUUGAGACUGUGUAUGCAGCCCUCAGCAGACCCCUCUUUUGCUCUGUUCAGAAUGUAUCUGGCUUCAUAUUUUAAAGUCACAUGUCUCCCAGACCCUUGGAUUCAGAACCCAAGGCCAUAAAUCACAGGCAUGAAGCACUUUCUUAAGACUCUGACCUGAUGUUGAGUUGUUCCCUGUCUCCUGCCUGCAUGCUGCUUGAAUUGCUCCACCCCACACCUCCAUGACCAAGGGCGCCAGAGUGUUCUACAGCUCAGGCCUAGGCUGCUCUCUGCUUUCCCUGUCUGACUCUUGUAAGUCCUGUUACUGAAUGUAGACUCAUUGCCAAGUUUCUGAGAAGUGUUGAUUUCUUGCUAACAUGGGAUAUCGGUUCUGCCUCACAUUUCCCACUUGAGGUUGAGGUGUGCUGUGAGCAACACCUUGGACCAUAUUAACACCAUCAAUGGAUGAAACUGUGGCAAUUAAUACACUCUAAAAGCCAUACUGAAAAUGGAGGGAACUAGAUAAGAAUAGUGUGCCUGGCAGUUGUCUACCAUGCAAGGUUUUGUCCUGAACUGUGCAGAAAUCUGGCACCUUUCUCUCUGCCCUUGUUUCUUGAAUGAAAUGCUUUAGAGGUUAUUUACAAAAGGAGUGAUAUUGGGCAGGCAGGAAGCGUGGGCUUUAUGGCUCCUUGGAGUUACUAUUGAUCUUGACCUUCUCUUUGGCUACCUUUAGACAAAGAAUAUGCCAAUACUUGGGGUUCUAAGUUUUACAGUUGAUAUUUAUUUGUAUCAUCUCUUUGUCUAGGAAUGUAAAAGUGAUUCUAAACUAAGAUGUGUAAUAAAAAUCAAUCAGAUUUAUU